GCGCUCACUUCAGCAUUCCGUCCCCCCAAUUCCGUGUGUCUUAUUAAGGCUGCCUCCCGCCAAUGUCUUCCACGCGCCUCCUGAGCAGCGUGUGUGAGGGACUCGUCACGAUGACAGGAGUAAAGGCUCCGUAACAGCUCCGCUUCCUGCCCGGCCGGCGGAGCUGCUGCUGCAGUAGUUAGUUGCUUUCCUGAGGGGAAACUCUUCAGGAGAGACACAGAAAGAGAAACGAUUCCCGCCAGCGUUCCUUUCUCUACACCAAGUUUUCAGCCCAGCCUCCCAGACUUGGUGAAGAAAUGGACCAGGAUGGCAUUGAUCUUCACAGAAUUUCCCGCCAACCAUACACUGGCAGUUCAUUGAAUGGGGUGGAAUUUCUGCCAGAAGAUUUUGAGGAUACUCCGCAUGAAACAACAAUGAGGGUGAAUGAUAAAUACUCCACGCUACCUGCAGAGGAGAAGGGGAUUCACAUUAUCAACAUCAGAGCAAUCGAAGAUAUAGGAUAUGUUCGCACAGAAAGCACGAUAUUAAAUUCCUUGUCACAAGAUCCAGAUGCCAACUGCAAAUAUGGCCUUUAUUUUAAAGAUGGGAAAAGGAAAGUGGAUUAUAUCCUGGUUUACCACUACAAGAAGUCCUCUUUCAGCAGAACGCUCACCCGCCGCAUCAAUUUCAGUGACUUGCCACCUCGAAGCAUCAAACAAGAGCAGCCACUUCCUGGAAAAGGAGGGCAGAUUAAUGUGGAUGAAAGUGAACCCCACAUGGACUACCAUGAAGAUGACAAGAGAUUUCGCAGAGAGGAGUAUGAAAGUAACCUUAUGCAGGCAGGCCUUGAGUUGGAAAGAGAUGAAGAUACAAAAAUACAUGGGCUUGGAUUUGUAAAAAUACACACACCAUGGAAUGUAUUAUGUCGGGAAGCAGAAUUUAUGAAGCUGAAGAUGCCCACAAAAAAGAUGUAUCAAAUUCAUCAACCACAUGGCCUUUUGAAAAAAAUUAAUUCUGUAAUUCAAAAAAUAACAGAGCCUAUCCAGCCUAAAGUGGCAGAACACAAGCAACAGACAGUGAAACGCCUCUCUUACCCUUUCUCCAGGGAGAAACAACACUUAUUUGACCUCUCUGACAGAGAUUCCUUUUUUGACAGUAAAACCAGGAGUACCAUAGUUUAUGAAAUAUUGAAAAGGACUACAUGCACCAAAGCCAAAUACAGCAUGGGGCAAGGAGAGGGAAGAAAGAAGGAAACUACCCUUUUAAAUAAAAGGCGAAAAUGUGGUAAAUAUGGGAUCACCAGUCUGCUUGCCAAUGGCGUUUACACUGCUGCAUAUCCCUUGCAUGAUGGUGAUUAUGAAGGUGAACACGUUGAACCCAAUGACAGAAAACUCCUGUGUGAGGAAUGGGCAAGCUAUGGAGUCUUCUAUAAGUACCAACCAAUUGAUCUAGUAAGAAAGUACUUUGGUGAAAAGAUUGGACUGUACUUUGCCUGGCUUGGUGUGUAUACACAAAUGCUGAUUCCAGCUUCCAUUGUGGGGAUUAUCGUGUUUCUGUAUGGCUGUGCAACUGUGGAUGAAAAUAUACCAAGCAUGGAGAUGUGUGACCAAAGAAACAAUAUCACCAUGUGCCCCUUAUGUGACUCAACAUGUAGCUUCUGGAAAUUGAGUUCUGCCUGUGCCACAGCUCGGGCAAGCCAUCUAUUUGACAAUCCAGCAACUGUCUUCUUCUCCGUCUUCAUGGCUCUUUGGGCUGCUACAUUCAUGGAACACUGGAAGAGAAAACAAAUGCGUCUGAACUAUAGAUGGGAUCUGACUGGGUUUGAAGAAGAGGAAGAGGCAGUCAAGGACCAUCCAAGGGCUGAGUAUGAAGCUAAAGUAUUAAAGAAAUCACUAAAGAAAGAAUACAAAAAUAAAGAGAAGGGCCAGCAAUUGCCAGAAGAGGCAGCAAACAAAUGGCAACAAAGAGUUAAGAGAGUCAUGGCUGGGGUGAAAUUGACUGAAAAAGAAAAACUGACAUGGAAAGAUCGUUUUCCUGCCUACUUGACAAACUUUGUGAGCAUUAUUUUCAUGAUUGGGCUGACAUUUGCUAUUGUUUUUGGAGUUAUCAUAUACCGAAUCUCCACUGCAGCAGCUUUAGCCAUCAGCUCCUCUCCAGGUGGCCGGUCUAAUAUCAGAGUAACUGUCACAGCAACUGCAGUGAUUAUCAAUCUGGUGGUUAUUAUAAUCUUGGAUGAAGUUUAUGGCUGCAUUGCCAGAUGGUUGACACAGAUUGAGGUUCCAAAAACAGACAAGAAUUUUGAGGAACGUCUUAUCUUCAAGGCCUUCCUUCUGAAAUUUGUCAAUGCCUACACUCCCAUUUUCUAUGUUGCUUUCUUCAAAGGACGAUUUGUUGGACGCCCAGGGAAGUAUGUCUACAUUUUUCAGUCUUUUCGAAUGGAAGAGUGUGCUCCUGGUGGUUGUCUAAUGGAACUGUGUAUACAGCUCAGUAUUAUUAUGCUUGGCAAACAGUUGAUUCAGAACAACCUCUUUGAAAUUGGCAUCCCGAAAAUGAAAAAAUUAAUAAGAUAUUUGAAGCUGAAACAACACCAUCCUAUGGACUAUGAAGAGCAUAUGAAGAAAAAGCAACGUUACGAAGUAGAUUAUAACCUGGAGCCUUUUGCUGGCCUUACUCCAGAAUACAUGGAAAUGAUUAUCCAGUUCGGGUUCGUUACCCUGUUUGUUGCGUCCUUCCCACUGGCUCCCUUGUUCGCAUUACUGAACAACAUCAUUGAAAUACGUUUGGAUGCAAAGAAAUUUGUUACUGAGCUUAGAAGGCCAGUCGCAGUUAGAGCAAAAGAUAUAGGAAUAUGGUACAAUAUCCUCAGAGGUGUAGGAAAGCUUGCUGUGAUAAUAAAUGCAUUUGUGAUCUCAUUCACAUCUGACUUCAUUCCACGCCUCGUGUACCUGUAUAUGUACAGUGAAAGUGGCACCAUGCAUGGCUUCGUGAACCAUACGCUAUCCUAUUUUAAUGUCAGCGAUUUUCAAGGAGGAACAGCUCCAAAAGAUCCUAUGGAGCUUGGCUACCCAAUCCAAAUAUGCAGAUACAAAGACUACAGAGAGCCUCCAUGGUCUGAAAAUAAAUAUGACAUUGCAAAGGAUUUCUGGGCUGUACUAGCAGCAAGAUUAGCAUUUGUAAUAGUGUUCCAGAACUUGGUCAUGUUUAUGAGUGAUUUUGUGGACUGGAUUAUACCUGACAUUCCCAAGGACAUCAGUCAGCAGAUUCAUAAGGAAAAAGUUCUGAUGGUGGAAGUCUUCAUGAAAGAAGAACAGGGAAAACUCCAACUACUAGAAACCUGGAUGGACAAGGAUAAAAGGAAAGGUGAAAACUGUAACAACCAUAGCCCAAGGUCGUCAAUGAGCCAUAGAGGGAGUGUGUCUUCCUGCCAUUCAUGCCAUGUCGAUGUGUAGAAGAGGAAAUAGUUUCACGCUGGGGGCAUUCCAUUCCUAAACAAGCCAUUACUUAAAUGAUAGGACUUGAUCCUGUAACAACCUGGUGCAUGUUUAAGCAUAUGCAACUAUUUUUGCUUAUAUCUAUGUGCAAAAAAAUUUCUUACCAAAUUGGAGGACCAGAUUCUGUUUCUUUCUUUCUU